AUGAAAGGCACCUGCUCGGACGCUGCAGUUGGUUUUGGAUCCACCCGCAAAUGUACGGAGAUUGCUGCACGGCCCUUUCGCCUCGACACGCUCGCCUUUUCCGCCCUGCUGGCUCUUAUGCGUGAGAGCUCCAACAAAGUACGGAGUCAAGUGAAACUUUUUAAAGCUUGCCGCUUAUGUGGCUACUGCCACUGCACGAGUAGGCCCUCAUUUAGUUCAGUGUGGGGGCGAGCUUCUACAGCUGUUUUAUUUUAUGACAGCGCUCUCAAUGAGGGCAGGGAUGGAUGGGCGGGGGGGGGGGGGUCGGCGCCUUUACAUCUUUAG